UGAGAACGUGCGCUUCUAACUUUUUUAUUUUGGCACUGCUAGUAAGAUCUCCAGCUCGCGUUUUGUCCCGUUUGGAGGCUGCUUUCUUGCAACACUUUUUCACUUUCCAUAUCCCCACAAUUCCCCUUUCUCUUCCACCUAGACACACAGUCCCAUCUGGAGCUCCACACAGCUUGCCCCUUCGCUCCGAACUCGACUCUUUUCAUGUGAGAGACCUUGAUCCACCUGAGACCUUUACUAUCAGCCUGCAAAUCGGCCUAUCUGACAACCACAAUAAACACACAGAGGCCGUCAUCCCGCAGGACCAUCACCCACCAAAAGCUAAAACCUACAUUCCACAAUAUCAGCCAGUGAGAGUCACAGAAAGCCACUGAAGCAGCCUGCAACAUACUUAACUGGCCUGACCAACGGGCAACAAGCAGCAGACAAGUUAGCCAGACAGAAGGGCAGCCAUGUUGAUCAUCUUAGCCUUCAUCAUCCUCUUCCAUCUGGCCGCAGCCAUCCUGCUCUUUGUUUCAACCAUUCACAAUGCGUGGUGGGUGGUGUCAUCAGCCGGGCGCGACCUGAUCUACACCGACCUGUGGUACUCCUGUAACGCCACCUGCUUCCCUGUGGAGAACAGCCAUACUGCUGAUGCAGCCUACCUGCAGGCGGUCCAGGCUACUAUGAUCCUGGCCACCAUUUUAUGUUGCGUCAGCUUCUUUGUCUUCAUCCUUCAGCUCUUCAGGAUCAAACAGGGAGAGAGAUUCAUUUUCACCGCUGUUAUCCAGCUAUUUGCCUCUCUAUGUGUGAUGAUUGCAGCAUCUAUUUACACGGCUCAGAAGAACACCUUUCAUGUGCCAAGCCUCCAGGAAGGCGCCUAUGGCUCCUCCUAUGUCCUGGCCUGGAUCAGCUUCCCUAUGACUCUCAUCAGCGGCAUCAUGUACCUGGUGCUCAGGAAGCGCAAAUAGAUGUGACGGGCUUGACGCAAACGCUCGCAAAUGUUCAAAUGUAUAAAUAGGAACACUUGGACACCAAUGCAUAAACACAUACACUUUUCCUCAACAAACAUGCCUGCACACACUCUCUUUCUAACACUUAGAUUUAUAUAUAUAAUAUACCAAUGGAGAUAAGGAAAUAUGCCAGAAAUGUCAAAUCCAUUUUAAUUUAAAGUCUCAGGUUCAGAGCCAGACAAACUUUUGUCCAACCUUACACACUCCAAACCCCAAAUAGUCACACACCCUUUCUCCUUCCUGAUGGUACAUUGUUCUCACUGAAUGUGGCAAAGAUUCAUUAGGACUAGCACACUCACAGUGUGUUUAGUUGACUGUAUAUUUUUUUUCCAGACAAGUGCAUCAGAAGCAUGGCUGACUGUUGACUAAGCAAGAGGUAGUUGACAGACCCACUGUCUGUUUUUCUGUUUUCUUGCUUGACAGCCACUAAAAUAUGUUUCUGUAAACAUUUAAGGCAAGAAAUACACCAUGAUUACAAAGAUUUGCCUGGUUUGAAACUGAUUUUUGCCUGCUAGGUAUAAAGCGCUUGAUAGGUUCAUUUGCAUAAAGCUGAGGUCAAAUCUACUUCAUGCAAAUGCACUCAUUCACUCAUCGCUUUGCGUAGAAAAUAAAUAUGAUAUGUCGAGCUGAGAUUUUGGUGGUCCAGCUGAGACUGCAUUUGGUGAGAACAUACCUUGACUAUCCUCUUCCCUAUUUCCCCCUCAGCCAUUACUCAUAACAUGAGCUCUGUUCCAACACAUUGAUUUGUGUCUCUUGUCUCAUUGUCUACACUGGUUCCUUCCCACACCAUUCCUAGGAACUGAUCACAAAGGAUAGAGGUUGAAGAAGAAAAAGUGGUGAGGUUUGCCUUACUGGGAAACAGCCCCUGGACUUGCCAAAGGGACUUGCCAAAGGGUCCAUAAAUUUAUUUUGUACAUAUUUGCUGUGUAUGUAUAGUUCAGGUAACUGCCAAAAACCUAUCUUUAAGACUGAACUAUAGUCUGAACUGUAGUUGCAUUUUAUAUAUAUAUAUAUAUAUAUAUAUA